AUGGCGAACCCAAAUGCGACCCCGGCAUCUCCGCUCGAGGAGCAGCCAACUAUUGGUCUUAUUGGCAUGGGAGAAAUGGGGAAGAUGUAUGCCAGACACCUCAGCGCUGCUGGUUGGAAGAAGAUACAUGUCUGCGAUCUUCCACAAAAGUACGAAGCCUUGAAGCACGAGCUUGCCGAAAUGCCCGGGAUUGUGGUUCUCAGAGACGGACAUCUCGUCUCAAGAUCGUCAGAUUUCAUUAUAUAUUCUGUAGAGGCGGAAUACAUUGACAAAGUCGUAAAGGAGUAUGGGCCGUCGACAAAAUUAGGCGCCAUCGUCGCCGGUCAGACGUCCGUCAAAGCCCCGGAAAGGGCCGCCUUCGAGAGCUACCUUCCUGAAGAUGUUCAUAUCGUUUCCUGUCACUCACUACAUGGGCCGACAGUACCUCCACUGGGGCAACCUCUGGUUCUCAUUCAUCACCGAGGGCCCGACUGGGCUUUGACCCUCGUUGAGAACAUUCUACGACCGCUCAGAUCUCGCUUCGUAUACAUGUCCUUCGAGGAGCAUGAUAGUGUCACUGCAAAUACCCAGGCUGUCACGCAUGCCGCCUUUCUCAGCAUGGGGACCGCAUGGAGGAACUGCGGUAGUUAUCCAUGGGAACAGCCUGAGGGACGCUACGUGGGUGGAAUAGAGACAGUAAAGGUCAAUAUUAUGCAUCGCAUCUAUGCCAACAAGUGGCAUAUCUAUGCUGGGCUGGCAAUUCUCAAUCCAAGUGCGAAAGUGCAGAUCGAGCAGUAUGCCAAGAGUGCCACUGAGCUCUUCAAGCUCAUGCUAGAAACCAAAGAGGCAGAGCUACGAGGGCGUGUAUACAGGGCAAGGGACACCGUGUUCCGUGAUGCACCAAGGACGCGCCCAAUAUUACUUAGCGAGAAUCUACUCGACCGAUUCAGCCUGGGGACGUCUCGGGAGAAUUUACAUGAUGUUCCCCAGGAGGAUCAUCGAGAGCAAACCGCGCGUCUUCCUCCCAAUGCUAACUCGCACCUUAGCCUUCUCGCAAUGGUGGACUGCUGGGCCACGCUCUCUAUCAACCCGUUUGCAGAUCUCGAAGUCGCUGCGACGCCCAUCUUCCGCAUGUGGAUUGGUGUCGCCGAAUACCUAUUUCGAUCUCGUGAGCGGCUGGAUGCAGCACUUGACGCAGCGCUGUGGGACACUACGCAUCGCUCAGACGACCUCGAGUUCAUCGUCGCAGCACGGGGAUGGAGCCAAUGCGUGUCCUUUGGCAACUUUGAUCUCUACAGACGUCGCUUCGAGAAGACGGCUAGUUUCUUCAAGCCGCGCUUUGCACAAGCGCAAACGCUCGCCUCGAAGAUGAUAACAGCCAUCCUUGAAGAGGGAAAUAGCAGUUGA